AUGAUUGUUCCAUUUUUUGCCGUAGCAAGAAUACUUUUUCAAAACAAUUGUCGGACGAAUGUCAGGAACAAUACAUUGGGUACUUUACUAAGAAAAGACUCCAUCCAUCAUUUCCAUAAUGCAACUUUUAGCAAUAUUUGUCUUAGAUUCCACCGUCGUUUUGAUAAAGUUGUACUACCACAUAAAAAGAAGUCUAUUUGGACACCAUGGAAUUGUUUAUCUCAAUUAAAAAAGAUUCUUAAAAGUAAUCCAGUAGAAGCAGCUAAAAUGUGUGUUGAGCAAAUUGAAUUUGUGCUAGCUCAAAGGAUUAGGAGAGGACAACAAAUGAUUACUUUGUAUUCAAAAAUAUGGGAUGAAGGUUCUCUUAAACAGUUUUUUCAAAAAAUGAGAAGGAUUUUUAACCGGAAAGGAAAACAACUAAUCAUCAGUGGAUCAAUUUUGGCCUUUGAUUGGGAACAUGAGAGAAUUUCUGUUGAUGAAUUGGAAAGGCAUGUUGAUGAAAUGAACUUAUGUCACACACUGAGGAAAAAAUCUGCAGAUGGAGAAGGUGAUGGUAAAGUUUGCGUUGGGCCAGAUUGUUCUUGUCCAGAAUGUGAUUCAGACUCUGAUGUACAUUGCUGGGAACCCUUUAUCAAAGAAGAAGAUCUGAUGCUUUGGAAAAUGGAAGAAACAAAUCAUCCAGGUUCUGGGCUUUUUUGCUAUAAAGUUUAUGGUAAAUAUGCAGAUGUUACAGCAGAUGAUUUUUUAGAUGUUUUUCUUGACACUGAAAAUAGAACUAAAUGGGAUCAGCAUGUAGCAGCCAUCAAGGUUAUUGAUUCUGAACCAAUGUCUAACUCAGAUGUCAUUUACUGGGAGACUAAAUGGCCUUCUUUCUUUAGUAAUCGUGAUUAUGUGUUCAAACGACGAUAUCAUAAAAAUGAAGAAAACAAAGUUAUUGUUAUUAUGAAUAAGAGUACUGAACAUCCUAUGUAUCCACCUACUUCCAGUAAAGCUCGAGUUACAGAAUAUUGGUCUUAUAUGGUCAUCAAAUCUAAUACUGCCUUUAACCAGCCUGGUAUCGAGUUCAGUUUGACUUACUUUGAUAAUCCUGGAGUUUCUUUACCUUCUUCUCUUUCGUUAUGGAUUACAGUUCAAGGUGUCCCUAAUUAUUUGAAAAACUUGCGAAGGGAAGCAUUAGCUAAACAUGAAAGGCGAAAGGAAUUUGAGAUUGUGGACAAUGAGCCAGAAUCUCCUCCUCCAGAAAAAGGGACCAUUUAUCGGCAAUCAAGCACGCCUGGACCAACAGAUGAGAAACCAUUGAGUGAUAUGGAAAUAUUUUACUUAGUUGGAACCUGCAUAGAAAAGAUUAAAGCUUCUCUAUGGAAUGUAAGCAGAAGAAAUCCUGUCCACUACGUUCAGUAG